CGCAUUGUCAUCGAGAGUCGCUCUUCCCCAUCAUCCCCCGUCUACUCCUCCCGACUAUUCAGUGUACUAUAUUUCUUUUCGACCUUGCAUUUUCCAUUAAUUUCCCUCUAUACUCUGCUAGUCCCGUUCUCGGAUCCCUCGUCAAGAUGGAUACACUAGUCGCCAGGUACUCCAGUUCGCCAUUUCAGAAUGAGAUCUAUUCAGAAGAACAACAGCGCGAGCUCAUAGAGUGCCUUCCUCCGUUAUCACUCAAAUUCGACCUUCCGCCUAUCUCCAAGCCUUCCUCUUGGCUUCGUACCAUGACAGAUGACCACUCGAACCCUAGUGCACCCAUCAAAUUGGCACACGGAACGACAACCCUCGCUUUCAGAUUCCAGCACGGCAUUAUUGUUGCGACAGAUUCAAGAGCGACGGCGGGUAAUUGGAUUGCCAGUCAGACAGUCAAGAAGGUCAUUCCGGUGUCACGAUUGAAUUUGGCUACGGACAAAGAGAACGAUGGUCCUGUUCCAGGACUCCUGGGAACUAUGGCCGGUACUGCAGCGGAUUGUCAAUACUGGUUGAGAUACUUAGGCGAGCAGUGCACACUUCACGAACUCCGACAUAAGCGCCGCAUUACUGUCGCUGCUGCGUCGAAGAUCCUGGCUAACCUGACAUACUCUUACAAGUCGAUGGGGCUGGGUAUGGGUACUAUGUUGGCAGGAAUGACACCUCAAGAAGGCCCUGCAUUGUACUAUAUCGACUCCGACGGCACUCGCCUACCCGGUAACCUUUUCUGUGUUGGAUCCGGUCAAACAUUCGCCUACGGUGUGCUGGAUGCUGAGUACCGGUAUGAUCUUAGUGAGGAAGAAGCUCUCCAACUCGGCCGACGAAGUAUCCUGGCGGCCACUCAUCGCGAUGCCUACUCUGGUGGAUAUAUCAACUUGUACCACGUCAAGGAAGAAGGAUGGGUGCACCAUGGAUUUAGCGACACAGACCCGAUUUUCUGGAAGACCAAGUUGGAACAAGGUGAAUUCACAAAUGUGACGGCUGAAGUGUAAGAAGUGUGAGAAGCUAUGAAAGGGGCAGAGUCUAUUCAAAUUCGAACAACAACCCGAAAUCCACCUCUUUGAGACAGUUUCCUUUUUUUCAAUUACCAACUUUUGUCUUAUCAUGAUCCAAUAUUGUGGGGACAGUUCUUUUCCUUCCCUGAGAAUCUCACUGUAGAAUGAAUCAAUAUCAAGCGCUCGUCAGAGAACCUGAUAAGUAUCGAUAGAAACUAUGAAAUCGACUA